AUGCGUGGAGGACUUGCUACAAUUUGCUGCCCACAAAAGCUACUCUUCUUCAUAAAGGCUUUACUGGGGACACUGGUUGUCUUCUCUGCCCUGCCAAGUUUGAAGACAGAACUCACAUCUUUUGUAAGUGUCCUACAACUCAAGCUAUUCACUCUGCCCCACCCUUUAAUUUCCAGUAGCAUGUUGCAACCCAAUAUGGAUUUUAAGGCAUGGAUGUUAGACAUGGCGACCACCCUGCAGCAAGAUGUUGUUGACAAACUCCUUAUGAGUCUUUGGGCUAUCUGGAAGAACCGAAACAACAUGUUCUGGCAUGGUACUUCUCAAUCACAUAAUGAAAUGAUGUUUGCUGCAUUGUCCUGGCUUGAAGGAUUCAGGAAAGCAAGAUCAUCAACCCAACCGAGUCAAGAUUUAAAACGGAAGCACAAGUGGCAGCCGGACACCGAAGGCAAGUGGAAAUUCAACGUCGAUGGUAGUUUUAUACCACAUCAAACCAAAGUUUUAUACCACAUCAAACCAAAGGGACUUGGUGGAGUAUUAAGAGAUUCACGAGGCAAUUUCAAGGCUGCAUUUACACUACCAGUGCAACAUGUGGAAAGUACGAAACAUGUAGAGUUGCUAGCCAUCAAUGAGGGAUUAAAAUUGAUGUGUUCCUUUCCAGAGCAACCGGUUAUAGUCGAAACCGAAUGCCUUGAUGCUACUUUGGACCUCAAAAAUCCCAAAUGGGAUCUGUUAGCUUAUAUAGCAAUCAUGGCUGACAUUCGAGCUCUAUUACAGUCCAAAGACUCCAAACCAGAAAUACAGAUUUGUUUUGCCCAUAGGACUUACAAUAGGGUGGCGCACAGGUUGGCUAGUGUUGCUUUUGAUGACAAUGAUAGUCAUGUUUGGAGGGAUAAUCCCCUGGCAUGUAUCAUAGAUGUACUAGCCUUGGACUGUAUCUAG